CAUCCAUCAGCUUCAUUCCUCACUCCUCACUACCACACUCGGUAUACAAACAAUCACCGUCGCUCAAGACACCUAAUAUCUAAUACCUCUUCACAAUGCCUGUCCCAAUUCCCAUGCUCGGCUCUGGUCCCUACGGCACCAGCAAGGCUGCCCGCGCCACCAAAACUGUCGCUGCAAAGGACAUCACCACCGUUGUCAAGGAAGUCAACGUUUCCCAAGAAAACGUGACCAACACCGCUUCUCCUACCUGGAAGGAAAAGAUCUCGCGACAGUACAAGAAGUUCUACCGUCGCGAUUAAACUACUACAUCG